AUGGAUCUCUUCCGGAAGACGCCGGCAGAAACCGAGACGAGGCGCGAGAUUUCAGAUCGUGUUAAGCCGAGGCCGGAGAGCCCCGUGACGACGGGCGCCAGGGUUCUCUCCACGCUGGCGCAGAGGAACUGCGGGUCCUUGGCGACGAGGGCGGCGACAUCGCCGGUGAAGAGGCCGAUCCCGGCGAGGAAGGCGAGGACGGCGUCGGGCUUGGCGGUGGACCUGAGGUGGGAGAGUUUUCCGGAGGCCUUGAGGGCUUGGGGUCGGGUGAGGCCGCAGGUGGAGACGAGGUAG